CGAGCAGAAGGCAUCGUUCGUGUCAGUGUAGUCAUGCUUAUUGGUUAGUGAACGUCAUGGCGCGCUCGUGUCUGCUCAGGACUACCACCGCCGCCGUCGGCCAGGUUUUUUUAAAACUGGCAGUAGUGCUUGUGUGCUGUGUCUGUAACUCUAGAGGACAAUAUGGCCAGUAUCCCUCCGUGUUCUCGCAGGGGAUACUCCAAACCUUCGAGCCCAUAGAGGCCGAUUCGGGCAGGACGUCGAGGUGCUACAACGAUAAGGGUUUGCCGCAGAAAUGCGUCCCAGAGUUCGUGAACGCCGCCUUCAGCCGCCCCGUGGAGGUGACCAAUACCUGUGGGGAGUACAGGCCGCAGGAGUACUGCCUGCAGACGGGCGGCUACGGCGCCCGCCAGGCGUGCGAGAUCUGCAAUGCCUACGUCCCCGAGCUGUCCCAUCCGGCCUAUUACCUGACCGAUUUCAACAAUAACGACAACCACACGUGGUGGCAGUCGGAGACCAUGUUCGAGGGCAUCCAGUACCCGAAUGAGGUCAACAUCACUCUCAGCCUAGGUAAGGCCUUCGACAUCACGUACGUCCGUCUAUUUUUCCGGUCGCCAAGACCCGAAUCCUUCGCCAUCUACAAGCGUACAGAGACCGACGGGGAGUGGAUCCCUUAUCAGUAUUAUAGCGCUACCUGUCGCGACACAUACGGCCUCCUCGAUUCAGACUACGUUCAGAAGGAGUUCGAGACGCGGGCGCUGUGCACGAGCGAGUUCUCCGACAUCUCGCCCCUGACGGGUGGCAACGUGGCCUUCUCCACCUUGGAAGGGCGCCCCUCCGCCUACAAUUUCGAGGACAGCGCUGAACUGCAGCCUGCAAUUGCAACGGGUACUCCAGCCGUUGCUACUUCGACCAGGAACUAUACGACAGGACGGGGCACGGAGGGCACUGCCUUGACUGCGCCGCCAACCGGGCAGGGCCAAAUUGCCAGAGAUGUCGGGACAACUACUACGAGCGCGAAGAUGGCGUCUGCAUCGCUUGCAACUGCAACGAAAUAGGGUCGCGAAGCCUCCAGUGUGCCAGCGAUGGCCUGUGCCAGUGCAAACCCGGCGUGACAGGUGACAAAUGCGACAAGUGUGCCGACAACUACUUCGAUUUUGGCCCUCAGGAUAGAGCAUUUGGAAUAGAGGGAUGCAAACCAUGCGGCUGCAAUGUGGCGGGUAGCCGUGACAACGAAGCAAGCUGCGACCCGACAAGCGGAGUUUGUGUUUGCAAGAAACACGUUGAGGGUCAGCAGUGUGAUCAGUGCAAACCUGGUUAUUUCAACCUGGAUCAAGGGAACGUCUUUGGAUGCACUCCUUGUUUCUGCUACGGCCACUCUUCGAUCUGUUCCUCAGCCCAUGGAUACUCGAAAGGAGUUAUGGUAAUACCAGUCACUGUUGAUUGUGUUGUUGAGAGUGGUUUUGUCCGUGGAGAAGAACGCUGGGGAGCACAAGAAUCCAGUGGACAGGAAAUCAAACUUAACUUCAACCCUGUGGUUCAGUCUCUCGGUGUUGCGGCUGUUGGAAGGGAAAAUGUUUACUUUGUUGCACCUGAUCGCUUCCUUGGCGACCAGAGAGCCAGCUAUAACCAUGAUCUAUCAUUUUUGUUAAGAAUUGGAGAACUCGGACCACAGCCUAGCACAGAGGACAUUAUUCUCGAAGGUGCUGGACUUACUAUUUCAGCACCUAUUUUUGCUCAAGGCAAUCCACUUCCAAGCACAGAGAAACAAGAAUAUGUGUUCCACCUUCAUGAAGACUCAAGAUUUGGGUGGUCCCCACGCCUUGUUUCACAUGACUUCAUGUCUCUUCUUUCAAACCUGACUGCGAUUAAGAUCCGUGGAACUUAUACUUAUGAUGGCAAAGGUUUCAUAGAUGAUGUAAAACUAGAAACUGCACGCAGAGGAGUUUUUGGUGACCCAGCAACUUGGAUAGAGAUGUGCACUUGUCCAGAUGGUUAUGUUGGUCAGUACUGUGAAUCUUGCGCUCCAGGAUACCGCCAUGAACCCUCAAACGGUGGACCAUUUGCUUCAUGUAUUCCUUGCAACUGUAACAAUCAUGCUGACAUUUGUGAUUCAGAAACAGGGCGAUGUAUAUGCCAGCAUAAUACUGCUGGUGACACGUGCGAGCGUUGUGCUAAAGGAUACUAUGGGAAUGCGUUAAAAGGAACACCUGAUGACUGUCAGCCCUGCCCCUGUCCGAAUGGAGGUGCUUGCUUUUUACUACCAGAUGACCAAGUUGCUUGCCUGGAGUGUCCUAAAGGAUAUGCUGGUCCUCGGUGUGAUCUGUGCACAGACGGCUUCUUCGGAGACCCCAAAGGCCGCCAUGGUCCUCCUCGACCAUGUGAGCGAUGUGACUGUAAUGGCAACAUUGAUCCUAAUGCUGUGGCAAAUUGCAACAGAACAACAGGAGAGUGUCUGAAAUGUAUUUACAAUACAGGCGGAUUUUACUGUGAUCAGUGCCUGUCAGGAUUCUAUGGUGAUGCCCUGGCACUUCCAAAAGGUGAUUGUCGUCCAUGCCACUGUAAUGUCUAUGGUACUGUGUCUGAAAGAUAUGGCCCUCCAGUUUGUGAUCAAGUAACUGGCCAGUGUCAAUGCAAGCCACAUGUUACAAGUCUCAAAUGUGACCAGUGUGAUCCAGGGUACUGGAAUCUCACAAGUGGAGUCGGAUGUGAACCUUGUAGUUGUGAUCCAGUCGGGGCUACAAAUGGAACCUGUGACGUUCACAGUGGUCAGUGCUUCUGUCGUGAAGGUGUCACUGGUCGAAAGUGUGACAUGUGCGAGCCUUUCCACUAUGGGUUUUCGCGUGAAGGUUGUAAGCCUUGCGACUGUGACCAUGUUGGUUCAGUUUCCUUACAGUGUGAUGCUACUGGUCAGUGUCAGUGCCGUGAAAAUGUUGAGGGACGCAGGUGUGAUCGCUGUCGAAAAAAUACGUAUGACAAACAAGCUGGUUGUCGGGAUUGUCCGCCCUGUUACAACCUAGUCCUGGAUAGUGUCAGUAUCCACGGAGAGCGGUUGGCUGAGCUUGAACGCCUUCUAGCUGACAUUGUGAGCAAUCCAACUGUUCUCAGUGAUGAAGCUUUUGAGGAAACUCUAAGGUCUGUCUUGGUUCAAGUUGAGGAAUUAUGGAAUGACGCCAGAGAAGCAGCAAAAUCAGGCGGAGACAGAACAGUGGCAGAGCACAUCGAUGAGCUAAACGAACGUAUCUCUGGUGUCCAAGAACUGUUAGCUAAGAUAAGAGAAGCUUUAACCAAAGGAUCUAACUUUGCCAAGCAGGGUGAAGUCAACAUUACCCAAGCAGAAGAUAUAAUCCAAAGAGCUAGAGAAGCAUUGUCAAAUGCCCAAAUCUAUCUUGAUGUGCAAGGAAUGGAUGCUCUCAAUAAAGCAGUUGACAGAUCAAACCAGUUCGGCCAACAGUCAGCACGUAUGUCUGAAAUAGCAAGAGAAGCACGAUUGUUAGCAGAUGAACAUGAAAAGGAUGCAGAUAAUAUUGAAGGCAUUGCAUAUGAGGCCCGCAACACAUCAAGUGAAGCACAUGCCUUAGCUCGCAAAGCCAUAGAUGAUCAGAAAAAAAUAAGUGAAGUGAUCAAGGGUCUGAUCAAUAAUGCUGUUGACCUGUCAUCAUUGCACGACGAGACCAUGCAAAUGGCCAACGAAUCGCUGGUUUCUGCUAGAAAUGUGUACCGUGAAGCUUUAGCGAUCAGCACUGAAGCUUCAAGUAUCGCUAUUCCCGUUAUUGAUGCAGCUUCACUUAGAGAGCAAGCUGCAGAGAUUGGUGAAGAAGCAGAACGCAUUAAGAAAGAGACAAAGGAUUUAAUGGAUCAAAGAAGUGAUCUUAUUGUAGAUGUUGAGGCUCAGCUCAUAGAAACUUCAGAUCUAGUAGAACAAGGCUGGAUUCAGCAGCAGAUAACAUCUGAACUCCUGGCAGAUACAUUUACAGCAGAGGGCCAAGCAAAGGAUGCUAUCAAGAAGGCUGAGAAGAUAUUAGCAGAAGCUAAGAACACUUUGACAGUUCUUGAAGGAUUUGAUAAACAAGUGCAAGAAAGUCGUGAAGAAGCACAGGAUGCCCUAAGUAAAGUAGAAGAAAUUGAAAAAAUGAUUGAAGAAGCUGAAGCUCGAACAAAGGAAGCAGAAGAUGCUCUAAUGGGGGCCGAGUCUGAUGCUAAAGAUGCACGAGACACAGCGGUUGAAGCUCAGGGUACCGCAGAAGAGGCCAGCAAACAAGCUGGUGAUGUUCGUGUCAAAGCAGACGCCACCAAGAGCGAAGCUAUCUCUUUGAGGGAUGAAGCUGAAGACUUAUCAAGUAGGGUAACUAGUACUGAUUCUAAUGUACGACUCUACGAGGCACAAGUAGAAGCAGAUCGACAGCAAGUCAUGGAAGCUCAAGAAAAGGCUAACCAAGCUAAAGAUAGAGCAAACGAAGCAAGUGCUCGAGUCCGUGAAGCUCAAGAACUAGUUCAGGAAAUCUUGGGUAUACUGGAACACUCACCAGAUUUGAACCCUGAUGAGUUAGCUGCUUUAGAAAGGAGGCUAGAACAAGCGCAGCAGACGUACUAUCAGAGUGGUGUAGAAGCUGUUGUUAAUGAACUCUCUGAGUCUCGAAGUUGGCAGGAGCGACAGAUAACACUUUACGAAGAAGAAAUAAAACGACUGCGUAUUGAAGUGACUAAUAUAUACGAAAUUAAGAUUUCGCUUCCUGAUGGUUGUUAUAGUCAAACUAAACUAGAACCUUAAGGUUAUCUUCACAUUGUAAUAUAUCAAAAAACUUUUUUUUUUUAUUUCAGUCAAAUGAACAAGGGUUGACUUACAGUGUCUCCGAGUUUUCGCUAUUUUUAUAACUAGUCUUGUAUAAACUGAAAAUGAACAAAUUGAAAGUCAGCAUUUUGUUAUUACUGUACAAAAAUUGUGUGAUUUAGGAACCUACUUUCUUGCAGCCUGACAAUAACAUAUAUAUAUUUUUUUUUCAUAUUUCACAGAGGAAUGUAAUUACAGGUUAUUUUUAGUCAUUUUUUAAGUCAUUUUCAGCAGCGUAAAAUAUAGGUUGUAAGGUACUUAAACUAACAAAAAAUCCAGUCGCUUCUUCUGCGUUGCAUUAUUUUAUCUUUCAAGAAGAUGAUUUAGAUGUUAAAUGAUGUAUGUGAUCAAGUGUGUUGUGUGUGAGAUAUUAGUUAUAGUUUUAGGUAUUCUUUUGCCCACUGAAUUGCUUAGGUAGAUAUUCAAAAACCCUUUCAGGUGUACAGUCAGUGGUACUACAGACACCCAUUGGGAAUAUAAAUAUUAAGAAUUGUUUGUCUUCCUUUCUUUUGAACAAAAGCACAGUAUUUCUGACUCGUAUUUAAUGGUUUUGUGUAAAUCUGUUUAAAAAUAGUUGACUUUUUUUCAAAACAGCACUUGAUACUCUUAACAGACUUAAUACAGAUUUAACCAAAGAUUAUUUUGAAUGUUUAAACUUUGAAAAUGUUCUUACAUAGCACAAACUGCCAUUUUUAUAUUUUAAUAUAGCAUAAGUCGUGGUUGCCAACAUUAGAAUACAUGUAUUCGUUUAGUUAUAAUUAAAACUUUUUUAGUACA